UCCAGAAUAGUGUAUAAUCAUCAUCAGACAAGACAAGAUUCAUAAGCUCCACGAACAAAAUAAUUAUCAUAUAGGUACAAAAUACCAUACGCAAAAAUUCCAACAACGCAAGACGAAGAGCAAAAGUAAAGCGGAUAAAAUGAUUGUUAAUUGCACAAAUGCAACAAAAUGGAAAAUGAGAUUGUAAAAAUGAUAGGUAGUGUCGCAAUUAUGAUGUUUUUCAUGAUAGCAUGCAACGCUAUAUAAUAAUUGACGAAAAAUUAUUGAAGAAAUCAGAUCAUCAAUUUCUAUCAGGUUUUACAAGCGUGAAUACAUUUGUUACACAAACUACGCCUCUACUUCUAAAAGAACAGACAAUCGUAUCUCCGACGAAAACGUAAAAAAUCCUCAAAAACAUAAGAAAAAGCGGCAAUCAAUGAUGUCGCAAAUUGAUGAUGAUGUUGAACCCAAUCUAUCUAAUCUGAAAUGGAAGAAAAUUGGCAAGGCAGUUGCUUUAAUGAUAUAUCCACUGAAAUCAAGUACAGAACCAGGACGUUAUAGUUCAUUUGACUUUCGUGAUUAUGGAAUGUGUACAACAGAUGGCGGAUCACAUUUUUGGGACGGAAUGUUUAUAGUGUACAACAAAACAAAAGACAAAUUCGAAGAUAUUCGAAGAUAUCCUGCGUUGAAAUCAGCGGAAGUGGUACAAACAAACAUUACCAAAGCAAUGUUCAGCAGCGCCCAUGCGGAUUCCGGUGCAUUACCUUUGGAUAUAAACCCAUAUCGCAAUCCUUCUUAUAGUUUCACAAAAGAAACAUGGAAUGGGACUUUAGAGACAUAUUACGAUUCAAAUAAUGAAGUUAAUCAAUUGCUAUACGAAUUAAUCUAUGCUGAAGAUAUUAAUGAGACUAAGCAGGAUAUAACUUUGGCACAAAUAAUUCCAAGUAAUUGGGACUCUACAGAAAGAAUAAAAGACAAUUGGUCCCUCUUUGUUCAAGGAUACGAAAAUAUAGAAAAUGAUCAAACGGGAAAACUUAUAACUUUACCACGUUUUGUAUUGAUGACAUCAAGAACAUUUCUAAAGCUACAUGGUACAAAAACGUAUGCGUCACCAAAUAUUAUCGUUUAUACUGACGAAUCGAUCGAUCCUUUUGAAGAAAAAAACUGGGAUUGGAUAAAAAUCGGCGAAAAUGUAAUUCUUAAAAAUAUCAAACCGAUUUCGAGUAUUUUCAGUAGUCCAAUCGAAAAACAAUUUCAACAUUUCGGAAUUUAUUGCGGUUUAUGGACUGGGGGAAACGUAAAAGAGGACGAUGAUGUAUUUAUUUCUGAUACAUCUGAUACAGUUUCCACUGAAGCAAAGAAAAAAGACAUUUAAACCUCACAUUUAAAAAGUACUGUUUCAUUGUCAUAAUAGUUAGAUGUUGAAAUAAUUUCACAUUAUUCACAUUCAUAGAAAUAAGUAUAAUAAAUCAUUUAGUGCUUUCACUGUCCAUCGCCAAUACACAAAAAUUGAACAUUUUAUUGAUAUUGAUAUACUUUUAUUUUAUAUGUCACUUAUAAGGUCACUUAUAAGGAAUAAUUUUUUAAAUUCUCCACUAUUUCUUCUUCAUCUCUUUUCAAUGACGAAUUACUUUAUGUAUCAUUUGCGACAGAAUGCAAGAUGGAAACCAUAUAUAA